GACUCUCCGCUCAAGCGCACCAGUGUGGUGUUCGCCACCGCCCUGGCGCUGCUGUUUGCGCUGUACCGCUUCGAGUUCCGCGGCGGCGGCGCACUGGCGGCGCUGGUGCUGGGGCUGGCGGUCAACGUGCUGUGGGAGAACGGCACGCUGUUUUUCUGGGGCCUGGGCCGCCGCAGCGGACUCACGCGGGGGCCGCAGCCCGGCUAUGCCGCCGAGGUGGAGGCGCGUGUGGGCCUGUUCUGGCGCGCGGUGGCACAGCCGCUGCUGUUCGGCAUCAUCGGCACGCUGGUGAACCUGCGGGGGCUCAGCCCGGGCGUCAUACCGCGCAGCCUGGCCAUCAUCGUGAUAGGCCUGGUGGUGCGCAUGCCCAUGACCUUCCUGGCCAUGACCGGCGCGCGCCUCAGCCUGCGUGAGCGCCUGUUCGUGGCGGUGGCGUGGACACCCAAGGCCACCGUGCAGGCGGCCCUGGGCGCCCAGCCGCUGGACAUGAUCCGCGCCGCCUACCGCAACACCCCCGGCGGCGCGCCGCCCGAGCUGCUGGCUGCUGGCGAGCAGGUCCUGACCACCGCCGUGUUCGCCAUCCUGCUGUGCGCCAACGCCGGCGUGUCCGCCAUACACCUGCUGGCGCCGCGCUGGCUGAACAAGACACAGAUGUCCGCGGAUGGCCAAAUGGUCGCAGCCGACGGAGAGCAGCAACAGGAGCAGGAAGACAGCACUGAGAGCCGUCAGCAGUACACCCGACACGAUGGCGCCGGCGGAAGCGGCGGCGGCCGAGGUCGCGCCGUCGCCACCGCCAUCACCGCCGCCGCCGCCGCCGCUGACGACGACGGCCGCGCAAGUGGCGGCGCCAUGACCUGCUCCCCUACCUCCAUCCGCCGCCGGCUGGGCGCCGGCGGCACACCUGCCGCCAGCAACUCCACCAAAGCCCUGCUCAGCGGCGGCAGUGGCGGCGGCAGUGGCUCGCCGCCUUCCUCCGCGGCCGCUACUGCCGGCGCGGGCGGCGGCAUGCUGCUACAGCCGGCGACGGCGAUGCGGCCGCUGCGUGUGGGCCCGGUCGGCUACAACUGGGCGGAGGACAGCUACAGCCCCACCCCACGCAGCAUAUGCCGCGCGGCGGAGCGGAGCGCGCUGGACGCCGCACUGGCAGCCGCGCUGACGGCGGCGGGACUGGACCGCGCCGGCGGCGCCGCCGCCACAGCCGCCGCUGGUAGCGGCGGCGGCAUCUGGUGCCGCUGCGGCGGCGAUGCGAUGCUACAGCCGUCCUACGCCAAUGGCGGCGGUGGCAAAGACCUGGCGGCGGCAGCGCGCGCCGCGCAGCAGCAGAUCGGCGGCGGCGGCGGCGGCGGCAGCUGUGGCAAGCCGCCGCUGCCGCCGCGCCCGCCCGGCGGCGAGUCCGCCGGGUCCGGCUACGGCACCCCGGUGACCCGCAGUGGUGUGCUGCGCCGCUGCCGCCGCUGCCAGGGCAUCAUACCCGCCGCCGCCGCCGCCACCGGCCCGCUGCUCAUCACCGCUGCGUCGCCGCCGACGCUGCCGCGGCCGGCGCGCGCGCUCCGCCGCGGUGCCUCGCCCUUCGACGUGGCGGCUGGCGGCGCCGCCAGUGACGUCGAGGAUGGCGGCGGCGGCGGCGGCGGCGAGGAUCAGGACUCAGCGGCGUCACUGACCGCCGCUGCCGCCGCAAUGGAGGCGACACCGACGCGCCGCCACAGCGCGCCGCCGCCGGACGUUGCGCCGUACGACGGCGGCGGUGAGGGCCUGGCGGCGGUGGCGGCGGCGCAGACCGCGGCGGCGGCGGCGCACCGCGCCGUCACCAUGCUGAUGAUGCCGUCGGGGGAUGCGCCGCUGGCAGCGCCGCCGGCAGCCGCCGCACCGGCCAGUGGUGGCGCUACUGACCCGCUGGCUGCCAGCAGCGCUAACGGCUCCGAUCCGGAGGCUGGCGGCGCCGCCACCGCUGGCCUCACGGCGCGCCGCCGCCGCAUGCGCCGCAGGCAGCUGGCGCAGCAGCUGGCGGAGGUGGCGGCAGCGGCGACGGCCGUCGAGGCGCUGGCGGCGCAGGUGGCGGCGUCGUCGGCGGCGGCACGGGGCCCUGACGCCGCCGCUGCCGGAGACGCCAGACACUGCAUGCCAGCGCUUGAGCCUGCCAGCCCCGCUGCCGCCAUGAUAACGCCGGCCUCGGAUGCCGCCGCCGCCGCCGCCGCCGGCGAUGUUGCAGCGGCGGCGCUGUUGCAGCAGCGGGCCGAGCAGCUCCGCCGCGCCGCCGCCGGGCUGCUGCUGGGCGCCGCCGCCGAUGCCGCAGAUGAGGACGAGGCCGCUGCCGGCGGCGCUGGCCGGCGCCGUCGGUCGCGUGGUGGUGGCGGCGCCAGGCCGCGCGCCUUAGCAGCGGCGGGGGGCGGCGGCGGCGGCGGCGGCGCGGGCAACGGUGGCGAGGAGUUCGGGGCGGGGCAUUGGUCGGCGACCUCCACCUCCGCCUCCAGUGACAACGAAGACGACGACGGCGCUGCUGGCGGCGGCGGGGAGCUGAGCCUGGGUGACACACCGACCGAGACCCCUCGGGCUUUCUUCCGCAAGAGCCUGUCAGGCAUCGGCGAAGCCGGUGCUGGAGCUGGGGCUGGAGGCACACGCAGCGGCGGCAGUAGCAGCGGCGGCAGCGGUGGCGGUACAGCCCAUGCCGCUUCUGCCGGCGGCGCAGCACCCGCUGCCGCCACCGCCGCCAGCCGCGCCCCUGCUCCGGCGACGGCGGCUCCCAACGGGGAUGUGGAGAUGUCGCCGCCGCCGCCGCCACGUGCUGCUGCGGGCGCAGCCCGGCCUGCCGCCGCCGCCGCCGCCGCUGCUAGCGCCCUGCGCGGCGAGGGCGGGCCGUGCUCACCGGAGCGCGCCACCACAGUCACCAUCCUGCCGCGCACGCCCCCGCCGCCGCCGCCGCCGUCCGCGGUGCAGCUGCCGCGUCAGCAGCAGUAGCGGCGGCUGGGCUCCGUCGUGGUGAUGGCGGCUGCCGAGUGCAUGUCGUCACGGCCGUGGGCAGGUGGCAGGGCACUCGGGUAGGCGCACUCAGUAGGCUACCCGUGAGCUUCAGCUCGUGUGUGCAUGUGCAGGCACCUUCGUUUCUGAGAGUGAGAGGAAGGUUGAUGGAGAGGAAUGGGAACGGUGUGGAACUGGCCGCUGUAACAGGGCGCAGGAGUGCCGUGCCAUGAUGUGCAGUAGGUACUGAAGCCGUGCGGGCGCGCGAGUGCGCGACUGGCAGCGCCGCGCCGAUCCAAGUUUCCGUAGACCUCUCAGGGUCUCAGCGGUGGAGGACACGCAGGUCGGUGCAUGGCCUUGGGCUGGGAGGAUAGGCGGUGGCCGCGGGGCCAAGGCUGUGUCGGGUGCCUUCUUCAUGUCCUGGAUGCGAUGACUUAAGGUCUAGGCCAAGGGUUAGCGGGCAUGGUGCGCGCCGGGCGGUGCGGGCCCGGGGGCGCGCAGGUGGUCCGUCUGGAGAAAGAAGGAGGAUGAAAAAGGGACACCUUCAACUGCCGC